AUGGAGGCGAGCCCGGGCGCUCCGCACGGAAACGGACCCACAGCGCUGCUCCUGCGGCUCCGGACGCCGCGCGCUCGCGGGUGAGGCGAAUACGGGGUGCUUUGCAUUCAGGAAUACAGAAAAAAUAGCAAAGUGGAGUCAGGUACACGUAACAGCUUCAUGGGCUUGAAGGAUCAUCUGGGGCAUGACCUCGGCCACCUUUAUGUGGAGAGCACUGACCCCCACUCAAGUGCACCUGUGCCGUGGUCGAUGGUAGAGAAGCCGACAAUGGAUCAAGUGCACUCCGGGAAGGAGGAGAAAGACGUGUCGGGAGGGAACGCGAGCUCGGGCGACUCGGACGGAAGCGCACAUUCUGACAACGAGGCCGAACGACUGAGCGUUUCGGUGGAGCCGUGCUUGUUGACCAAGACUCACAGACAGCUGUGCCGGUCGCCCUGCUUGGAGCCCCGCGUGCUCACACGCAGUGACCUGCUGCGAGACUUUCAGCCCGCGGAGGCGCCGGCGGCCUGCAGGGAGGCGGCGCAGCCCCCCGACGCGGUGCGGGAGUACCAGACCAAGCUGGAGUUCGCGCUGAAGCUGGGCUACUCGGAGGAGCAGGUGCAGCUCGUGCUCCACAAACUCGGGACCGAUGCUUUGAUCAACGACAUCCUGGGAGAGCUGGUCAAGCUGGGAAACAAGAGCGACGCCGAGCCGGCCGUGAGCGCGAUGCCCAGCGCGCCGCGGGACUCGGCCUCGCUGGAGUCCCAGCGCUCGGACUCGCCGAUGCAGGAGCCGCUCGCGGACGACGGCGAGAACCUGAGGCCGGUGGUCAUCGACGGCAGCAACGUGGCCAUGAGCCAUGGAAACAAAGAAGUAUUUUCCUGCCGGGGAAUCAAGUUGGCAGUGGACUGGUUUUUGGAAAGAGGCCACAAAGAUGUUACAGUUUUUGUUCCGGCUUGGAGAAAAGAGCAGUCUCGACCCGAUGCUCUCAUCACAGAUCAGGAAAUCCUGCGGAAGUUAGAGAAGGAGAAAAUCCUGGUGUUCACGCCGUCCCGACGCGUGCAGGGCCGACGCGUGGUGUGCUACGAUGACCGGUUCAUCGUGAAGCUGGCUUUUGAGUCGGACGGGAUCAUCGUGUCCAAUGACAACUACAGGGACCUGGCCAACGAGAAACCCGAGUGGAAGAAGUUCAUAGAUGAGCGACUGUUGAUGUACUCCUUCGUCAACGACAAGUUCAUGCCCCCUGAUGACCCUCUUGGCAGACACGGCCCCAGCCUGGAUAAUUUUCUGAGGAAGAAACCUAUUGUUCCUGAACACAAAAAGCAGCCUUGUCCAUACGGGAAGAAGUGCACCUACGGCCACAAGUGCAAAUACUACCAUCCCGAGCGGGGCAGCCAGCCGCAGCGGUCGGUGGCCGACGAGCUUCGGGCCAUGUCUAGAAACACCACGGCCAAAACGGCCAACGAGGGCGGGCUGGUGAAGAGCAACAGUGUGCCCUGCAGCACGAAAGCGGACAGCACUGCCGACGUCAAGCGGGGUGCUCCAAAGAGGCAGUCGGACCCCAGCAUAAGGACCCAAGUCUACCAAGACCUCGAGGAAAAGCUUCCCACCAAAAACAAAUUGGAAACCAGGUCUGUACCUUCUUUAGUCAGUAUCCCGGCUACUUCCACCGCAAAACCCCAAAGCGCUCCGUCUCUAAGCAAUGGCCUUCCAUCUGGAGUUCACUUCCCACCUCAGGAUCAAAGACCACAGGGACAAUAUCCUCCGCUGAUGAUGGCAACCAAAAAUCACGGAACGCCGAUGCCUUACGAACAGUAUCCCAAGUGCGACUCGCCCGUCGACAUCGGAUACUACUCCAUGCUGAACGCGUACUCCAACCUGAGCAUCUCAGGCCCACGCAGUCCCGAAAGGCGUUUCUCCCUGGACACAGAUUACAGGAUCAGCUCCGUCGCCUCUGACUGCAGUAGCGAAGGGAGCAUGAGCUGUGGGAGCAGUGACUCCUACGUGGGGUACAACGACCGGUCCUACGUCAGCUCCCCCGACCCUCAGCUGGAAGAGAGCCUCAAGUGUCAACACAUGCACCCGCACAGCCGCCUUAACCCCCAGCCCUUCCUGCAGACUUUCCACGACCCCCUAGCUAGAGUGCAAAGUUACAGUCACGAAGAACCAAAGUACCAUCACAAGCCUCCUCUGCCCCACCUGGCCGUGCACCUGCAGCACCCCGCCGCGGGCGCGCGCUCCAGCUGCCCCGGCGACUACCCCUCCCCGCCCGGCUCCGCGCACUCCAAGGCGCCGCACCUGGGCCGCUCGCUGGUGGCCACGCGGCUGGACAGCAUCUCGGACUCGCGGCUGUACGACAGCUCUCCCUCCCGACCGAGGAAGCCUUACUCCCACCAGGACGGGCUGGCGAGCUGGGAGCGGCAGAGCUACGGCCUGGACGCCUACGGCUACCGGCAGACCUACUCCCUGCCCGACAACCCCACGCAGCCGGGCUACGAGCAGUUCCCCUUCCAGAGCCUCCCCGAGCCCCCGGAGCCCGCGUGGCGCGUCCCCUACUGCGCGGUGCCGCCGGACCCCCCGCGGUACCAGGACAACCGAGAGAAGAUCUACAUCAACCUGUGCAACAUCUUCCCCCCGGACCUCGUGCGGACGGUCAUGAAGCGGAACCCGCACGUGACAGACGCCCAGCAGCUGGCCGCCGCCAUCCUCGUGGAGAAGUCGCAGCUGGGCUACUGA